AAAUCGAUGGAGGGCAAUUUUGAAGAACACCGACGGAAGGCCAAAUUGACGGUGGAGCAUAGCAAAAACGAUUUAGAAGGUUAGCUGAGUGGCCAUUGAUAGAUGUAUGUCAUCUUCCACCGUCCUUCUAUCCUUUCUCUGAUUUCUCUCAUAAAAUCAUGCACCCACAAAUCCCAAUUGCUCCAAAUCCAUGCCCACAUCAUCAGAACUUCUUCAAUACAAGACCCCAUUGUUUCCCUCCGCUUCUUGACUCGUACUGCCUCUGCCCCUUUUCGCGAUUUGGGCUAUUCUCGACGAUUCUUAGAUCUCCUGACUAACCCACUUGUUUCUCAUUACAAUGCGAUGUUGCGAGCUUACUCUGUGAGCCGUUCACCACUAGAAGGAUUGUACGUGUACAGAGACAUGGAGAGGCAAGGAGUUCGUGCUGAUCCUUUGUCUUCUUCCUUUGCCGUUAAGUCGUGUAUAAAGUUGCUCUCGUUACUUUUCGGGAUUCAGAUUCACGCGAGGAUUUUUAUAUAUGGGCAUCAAGCGGAUAGUCUAUUGCUCACUUCCAUGAUGGACCUGUAUUCUCACUGUGGCAAACCUGAGGAAGCGUGCAAAUUGUUCGAUGAAGUUCCUCAAAAAGAUGUCGUUGCUUGGAACGUUUUGAUUUCUUGUUUAACUCGCAAUAAACGAACAAGGGAUGCUUUGGGUCUGUUUGAGAUCAUGCAGAGUCCAACGUAUCUCUGCCAACCUGAUAAAGUUACUUGUUUACUCCUCCUCCAAGCCUGUGCAGACUUGAAUGCAUUGGAGUUCGGUGAAAGGAUUCAUGGUUAUAUUCAACAACACUGUUAUAAUACCGAGAGUAAUUUGUGUAAUUCGCUGAUAUCAAUGUAUUCGCGGUGUGGGCGUGUGGAUAAGGCUUAUGAGGUGUUUGAUAAAAUGCCAGAGAAGAAUGUUGUUUCAUGGAGUGCGAUGAUUUCCGGGUUAUCGAUGAAUGGGCACGGGAGAGAAGCAAUUGAAGCAUUUUGGGAGAUGCAAAAGAAUGGUGUCGAGCCUGAUGAUCAUACUUUCACUGCUGUUCUUUCUGCUUGUAGCCACUGUGGCCUGGUUGAUGAAGGAAUGGCAUUUUUUGAUCGUAUGAGACAGGAGCUCAUGAUAGCUCCCAACGUCCAUCACUAUGGAUGUAUAGUUGAUCUCUUGGGUCGUGCUGGAAUGCUCGAUCAAGCCUAUGAGCUCAUAAUGUCAAUGAAGGUAAGACCAGAUGCGACAAUGUGGAGAACCCUUCUUGGAGCUUGCAGAAUUCACGGUCAUGCAAACCUUGGGGAGCGCAUAGUUGAACACUUGAUUGAACUUAAAUCUCAAGAAGCAGGAGAUUAUGUAUUGUUGCUCAACAUUUAUUCUUCGGCUGGCAAAUGGGACAAGGUAACUGAAUUGAGGAAACUUAUGAAAGAGAAGGGUAUUUAUACCACACCUUGCUGCACCACAAUAGAACUGAACGGGGUGGUGCAUGAGUUUGCUGUGGAUGAUAUUUCACAUCCUAUGAAAGACAAGAUCUACAAGCAGUUGGAUGAGAUCAACAAGCAGCUAAAAAUUGCAGGUUAUGAAGCUGAAAUGUCAUCUGAAUUACAUAGAUUAAAGCCAGAAGAUAAAGGGUAUGCACUUUCUAACCAUAGUGAGAAAUUGGCCAUAGCCUUUGGGGUUCUUGCCACUCCACCGGGAAGAACCAUCAGAGUCGCAAAUAACAUUCGUACUUGCAUGGAUUGUCAUAACUUUGCUAAGUACAUCUCAAGUGUUUAUAACCGAAAAGUGGUUCUUAGAGACCGAAGUCGGUUCCAUCAUUUCCAAGAGGGUCGGUGUUCCUGCAACGAUUUUUGGUAAUGACCGGUGUCUUUUGAACACCAUAAAGUCUCAGAAUGUGCCAUGAGCAGUUUCUGAAGUUGGGUGGCGAGAGUUUGAUAUUACGCCGAAUUAACAUGAGAGUAGAAAUGAGAUUUUAGGCUUCCAGGAUAUACGUAGCAAGCAGUACAAAAAGAGAGCUCACAAGCUUCUGUAAAAGCUAAUCAAGCAAUCCAAAUCAUAAAUCAACCACAUUUUGUUGCACUACAGAAAGACGUCAAAGUGAA